AUAUUAUUGUUAAACCAAAAAUUCUGAAUGAUAGUGUUUGGACGGAAAACCCGAAAGUUAAGAUUUGAUAAGAGUCUUCGGCACUUGCGUUGCAGUUGCAACCCCUUUUCUCGGACGCUCUCUCCCUUUUGUUACCAUCUCAAAUUCGCAUCCUUCUUAUUAUAUAAUUUCUGCUAUAAUUCCUCCAUUUCCAUUUCCUCACUCUAAAUUUCGAAUCUACUCUGGUUUUCCAUACCCGGUUGCCGUUAAUUUUCGUGGAAUUGAUCGGUUGACCGAUCGUCUAUAACAGCUUAAUCUAUAAGCCAUGAAGAGUGUUGGGUCGUAUAACGAUUGGCCAUAUUACUCUUCACCCCCUUCAAAUUUAUCAGCUUUUGCGGCGCCGUUUAGCGUGAAUCGUUCCACUUCAAGUGAAGUUUCGGCUCCGUUCAUGGAAUCAGCUGAUUCCGUUGAUGCUGUGCCCCCAAUUCACUUUCGAUCUUACGGGUACGAUUUCUUUUCAAAACCCGUUAGAGAAUUAGAUUCUUCAAAGUCAUAUGGGUAUUCAGGGUUGCAAAGUGGUUUAGACUCUUCCAGUGCACAGUUCCCUCAUCUUGGUUUGCCUUCUAAGGAUGCCUUCUCUUAUGAUCAUAGCACAAAAUCAAGUCUUGUUGAAGCCCAACCUUACUACCCUUCCUAUGUUUCUUCUGCAAUUCAUGAUCCUUCUUCUUCAGUGGCACCUAAUCAUUGGUCUUCCUCUUCUGGGUUUCCCUCCUUGGAUGGGACCUCUCUUGGGGAUUAUGUUAACAAGCCACCUGAGUUAAGGUUUGCUACUCAAAGUUCUCUCUUGUGGAACCAGUUUCCAGAGUUCAACAGCCAUGGUAAAGGUAAACAUGUGGGAGUUGGGAGUAGUUUCUCCUCAAAGCAAACGGAUGUUACUGGUUCGGUUGUUGAAGAAAGUGUGAACCAAGUAAAUGCAGGAUAUCAAGAUGUGAAGGACUCCAAUAAUAUUGAUUGGGAAAAACACAGUGUGUCUGCAAUUGCAAAUCAGUUGGAUGAUAAAUCUUGCUUGUGGGGAACUUCCAAAACCGUGCCAGUUGAAUUUUUAGGUAGGUCUGUGAUGCAGUCCCCUUCAAUGUCUAUAGAAACUCAUCAAGAGGCCCCUUUGAAAACAGUUGUAGAUUCAGGUUAUAAUCCCUUGUCAUACACUGGUUCAUAUGAUAAACACUCAAGGCAAGGUGAUAAACCAUCAACAGUUCCUUCAAUACCUAAAACAGGGUUAACUACAGAUUUGAAUGUUGGCAAUAUUAUUGUAGAUGGAGACAUUGGGCACAAUAAUUUCUAUAAUUCAAAGGAGGCUUAUCACAUGCCUAGUCCUGGAACUGGUGGUUGCUUCGAUUUAGGUAAUCUCCGCAUGCAUCUAGAGAGAAAUGAGCCUUCCUCAUCAAACAAUGCAAUGAUUUCUGACAAGAAUGUUUCAAGGGAUGUUGUCGAUUAUAUGUUUAAAGGAAUACAUGGAUUUCAAAAUUCUCGUGCAAACAUGGAUAAUUUAAGCUUGAGACUUAGUGCUAUUGAAGAUGUUAAUUCUGUUGAGAAAUCUUUUGAGGGUGGUGAUCGAUGCAAUCCUGCUGUAGAUUCACCUUGCUGGAAGGGAGCUUCUGCUGCUCACUUUUCUCAUUAUGAAUCUUAUGAGGCUCUGACUCCAGAGCAUGUGCACAAAAAUAAACAUUGCUUUGGUUCUGUUAUUCAGGAGCCCCAGAAUUGUCUGCUUGAUACAGAAAAUAAUGCAAAGAAAUCAUAUGAAAAUUCAAACAGAUAUCAAAUGCAUUCUGAACUUGUCUGUCAGGAAAACGGUUCUGCAGGUUCUCCCAGGAAAUUUUCAGUAUCGAAGUUUGCAUCUCAAGAUUGCAAGUCAGAUGGUUCUGUGAAUGUUGGACCUUUUCAAACUGAGCCACUCUCUUAUUAUGGCCUUCAAUAUCUGGAUGAUAUUACUGAAAUGAAGGAAAAUAGUGUGCCACCAGCCAAGCCAGCUGAUUGUGAAUCUGAAUCUUCUCACACAGAGCAUCAAGUUGUAGAUGAAAAUGAAUUGAUGUCUCAAAAACAAGAUGCUUCAUGCAUAGGUGAUGCAGAUGCUGGAUGCAAUGUGAAUAAGAGCUAUGAAUCUAGUACAUUGCACACUGCAAAUCAUGCCUUGUCUUCUUCAGUAAUAGAUACAACUACUGCACCUGAAAAAUCAACUGGGAAAGUAUCAACUCAAAAUUUAAAUGUCCAAAUGUUGGUUGAUACAAUGCAAAAUUUGUCAGAAUUGCUUCUCUGUCAUUGUUUAAAUGGUGGCUGUGAAUUGAAAGAGCGAGACUGCAAUGUCCUUAAAAAUGUCAUCACUAAUCUUAACAAAUGUGCUUUAAAGAAUGCUGAACAAAUUGUCACUGCACAGGAAAGUCUUUUUGAUCAGCCAGAAACUUCUAGGUGUGCUGAAGAAUCAUGUGCACUUCAACAGAGUGCAAGUUUCAACAGACCUCAAUUAACCAAGACAGGACCAGAGAGAUCUAAGGUUGAGUUUGAGAAAACACUUGUUGCAGAUGCCAACCUGCAUUUCAGGUCUGGGAAACCAAAGGAUGAUGCAGAAAUGACAAAGGCCGAUAACAUGACUAAGGCUCUAAAGCAGAUUCUUAGUGAGAAUUUCCAUGAUGAUGAAGAAGUAGAGCCUCAGACUGUAUUAUAUAAGAACCUAUGGCUUGAGGCUGAAGCUGCACUGUGUUCUGUCUAUUACAGGGCUCGCUAUAAUCAAAUGAAGCUUGAAAUGGAUAAAUACUCUCACAAGGAGAUAGAGGAGGAAUCAAAAUCUGAAGUUGUUCCAACUUUACGUCAAAUUCAGAGUUCUGCGACUAAAGUGCACAAUUAUCCAAACCCUGAUCCUUCUGGCCAGGAUUUCCCUGUCUUGGAAGCUACCACCAAUCCAAAGGAACCAGCUGAUUUGAAAUUUUCUGCUGAUAUUAACAAGCCUAAUGGUUUGACACCUGGAGGCAAAGGUAGUCAAAACCUGGAUGGCAUCAUCCAGAAUUAUACUGUUUCCAGCACAGACAAGGAGGCUAGAAGAAAUGAUGAGGCUUCUGUUAUGGCCAGAUACCAUGUUCUGAAAGCCAGGGUUGACAAGACACACAUUGAUACUUGCAAUCUGGAGGAACCAUCAGACAUAGCAGACAAAUCAGCACCUGGAGGGAGAGAUAAUCAAAACCUAGUCGAUUUCUGCAAAGACUCUCCUAUUCCGGAGAAAAACAAGGCUGAUUCCGAGGCAUCUGUUGUGGCUAGAUUUCAUAUUCUUAAAUCCCGUGUUGACGAUUCAGGUUCAAUUUCUUCAGAUGGGAAACUGUUAAAUGAAGUUGGAUCUGUUGGCAAAGGAACAAAUGACACAACAAUUGCAAAAAAUGCUACUGAGGGUAAAAGUUUGGACAUCCAUGUAAAUCCUGGAGUGCAUCUCAAUUCCUACACUGCAGUGGACAUGUCAAUCCCAAAGGAGUUUCAUCUGGAUUUGGAGGACAAUCAAGAAAUUCAGCCUCGUGGAACCUAUGAGUUUCAGCUUCCUACUUAUUAUUACUCUGAUGGCUUGGCAUCGGAUUGGGAACAUGUGGAGAAGAAAAGCUUGUAGGCCCGAUUUUGAAACCUUAAAAGAGUUUGAUGAUGUGACAAUAAAUGUUCAUGGGUUAUAUCAUUAGACCUUCCUAUUUAUCAUCAUCAGAUAUGCUUAUUGCAGCAGAAUUUGGUCUUGUUAAGUCUUUACCGUGUCUGUAUAUAAAUAAUAUCAGGAUUUGUCUUUUAUAUCUAUCUUGUGUGCUUGCUCAUUUGCAUUUGUUGAUAAAUAAGUGCAGGUGAGAGUAAGGUUUAAGUUGUCAAAUUGUCAAGACCAAAUCGUUUCAAGUAUUCCGGUCAAGAUGCAAUUGUUUUUUCUUUUUCAAAGAAUAUAUUGACAUUGUUCACUGUGCAAUUGGCUAAGUUGAUUUUCCAUUCACUCGU